UCAGUCAGGCAGAUUCGUUUUGAUUUAGUAUGUGCUAUGAAGACAAAACAGCAGUGACACAUCUUGCUCUGGCUUCACUCUCUGGAGAAACUCCUCCCCUGCAUACUUGGAGCCUACCUCUCUCAUUUCAAAGUUUACCUGUUGCAGUAGACACACUGGUGUUGAGGUGUGAGAAGGUCACCUAGAAUAAUAUCAUGAAGGAAGAGGGCUACUUUUCCCAAGGUGUUGUGUCAACGUAACAUAAACUUAGAUCAGUUACAAAGACAAGGACCAAAACCCAAACUGGACACAGCUUGUUUGGAGGAUGAAUGAUAUUGGGUUGGCCCUGCUCCUGCUGUUGUCUGCAGCUUUACUGUCCAACAGCAUGUCUCCACCAGGCAAACCAGUCCUGCUGAGCUGCAGGUCCCCUGAGAAGGAGACGUUUUCCUGCUGGUGGGAGCCAGGCUCUGAUGGAGGUCUGCCAACAACACACCGCCUCUAUUAUGAGAGAGAAAGAUUAGAUGGAACACACGAGUGUCCGGACUAUCAUUCGGCGGGCAGGAACUCCUGCUUCUUUGACAGGAAACACACCUCCAUCUGGGUCGACUAUUACCUGACAGUGGUGGCCUCCAAUGCCCUCGGGAAUUCCACUUCAGACUCCUUGAAGAUAGAUGUGAUGGAAAUCGUGAAGCCAAACCCUCCUGAAAAUGUGACGCUGCUGGUGGAGGACAGACAGGACAGUCCACAUCUCCAUGUCAGUUGGGAGCAUCCCCACAACACAGACACCAGGUCUGGAUGGGUCACCAUUAAAUAUGAACUGAGAGUCAAACAAGGAAACAGCAACACAUGGAAGGAGUACACAUCAGGAACACAAACCCAUUUCAGCCUGUACAGCAUCAGUCCUGGGACGGAGUACAAAGUUCAGGUGCGAUGUAGGUUAGACCACAGCGAGUGGAGUGAGUGGAGCCACGCUUCCUCUGUGGAGAUCCCAAACUAUCUCCAGAAUGAGAGGCCCUUUUGGAUUUGGAUGUCCACCCUCUUUGUGAUACCAUUUAUAGCAGCAGUGUUUAUCCUGGUCAUGAAGAGGAAAAACUUGAAGCAGUUUGUUCUGCCAUCUGUUCCUGGUCCAAAGAUAAGAGGAGUUGAUUUUCAGCUUCUUAAGAGUGGACCUUCUGAUGAUGUCAUCAAUGCUCUGAACCAGAACUUCCCUUGUAUGGUGGCCUGGAAGGAUCAGUUGGAGGACUACUUAAUCGUCACAGAAAAUGACAAAGGACUUCUGCCAGAGUCUCAAAAAAGAAAGAAUAGCUUGACAUUUCCCUCUGGCUUCUGCUUACACUCUGAAAUCCAAUGUAAGGAGUCGAUACCCCGGCUAAAUGAGCAGGAGACUUCUGGAAAAAAGAAUGAAGCACAACAUAAUGUAAAGAACAGAAGGUUUCUCUCAGGAACAAACACAAAGCCAACCCUGGAGCCUGCUCAGGAACAGCAGGGCCAGAGUCUAAACUGUGUAGAGAAAGAAGCAGCGGAUCAGACUCACUCACACCAUGCUGCAGUCACACCAUUCACAGACACUGGCUAUGUGGAUGUUCAGAGACAUGAGGAAAACACUCAGGAGGUGGAUGUGAAACAGCUGCAGUACAGCAGGGUGAAAGAGGUGAACAGUAUUCUCAUCCUGGAGAAAGAAAACAGUGCAAACAGCUCUGGCUACAUUCAGAGACAAGAGGAACACCCCUCAGAGGGUUACAGCAGAGUGAAAGAGGUGGACAAUGACUUUAUGGUCAUCCUGCAGAAACAACAUGUAUCCUCUGACUCUUCCCAUCAAGAGAAGAGCAACUGUUACAUAGACUACACACUUCAAAAGUCAAGAAGUCCUCAUGUGACUGGACCCAGUGAAGAUGGAGUAUGCACAGAGCUCAUUGAUGGCGGAUAUGUAGAAACUUUCCCAGAACCACCUUUAGUAUGAGUAUGUUUAUAUGCAAUGUUGAAGUGUAAGUAAGUUGAAAUUGAUACUGAUGCCUAUUCAUGACCUACAAAUGCAAAAGAGACCACUCACAAGAUUUACUAUUUCUAUAUGGUAAGUUUUAAUGCCUGAAUCCGCUGUGAGAGGGUAGGUGUCAGACCAAGCAGGUAUUCACAACGAGUGGAUUAUUUGACUGUUAAAAGAAAGCAGAGUGAGAGUUUGGCCCAAUCUCAAUGUCCACCCUCAAGCACUCACUGACUU